CGCGCUGUGGAAAACAUGCUGCUCGGGGGACCCCCCCGCAGUCCCCGCUCGGGCACGAGCCCCAAGGGGCCCCGGAGCAGUACAGGCCACGUGCAGUUUGGCAAGAGCCCUCAGACCUGGCCCAGGCGCACAAGACCCCGCUCUCCUGAGCCUGCCGCGCCUUCAGGGGCUCGGGGCUUCACUCAGCCGAGGCGCCGUGACUCGCCGAAGCGCGCCGGGCGGACAGCGCUGUCCCGCUAGCCCUGUCCGCUAGCGCUGUCCCGCUACGUGGGCCACCUCUGGAUGGGCCGGCGGCCGCCCUCCCCGGAGGCCCGCGGCCCAGUCCCCCGCAGUUCAGCUGCCAGUCGGACCAGAAGAAGCCUGGCCUCCCCGGGGACCUCCCCCGGCCCCCUGACCGCAACUACCGGAGGGGCGGUGGUGGGGGGCGGGUCCGUGCAGGGCAGGGCAGGAGCACACAAGGAAGUGUUUCCGGGACAGAGGGCGGGCAAGAUGGCGGCGCCCAUGGAGCUGUUCUGCUGGUCAGGGGGUUGGGGGCUGCCGUCAGUGGACCUGGACAGCCUUGCCGUGCUGACCUAUGCCAGAUUUACUGGUGCACCACUGAAGGUACACAAGAUCAGCAACCCCUGGCGGAGCCCUUCAGGAACUCUGCCUGCCCUUCGGACCAGUCAUGGAGAGGUCAUCUCAGUUCCACACAAGAUCAUCACCCACCUUCGAAAAGAGAAGUACAAUGCUGAUUAUGAUCUGUCAGCUCGGCAAGGGGCAGACACCCUGGCCUUCAUGUCUCUCCUGGAGGAGAAGUUGCUCCCGGUGCUGGUACAUACUUUCUGGAUAGACACCAAGAACUAUGUGGAAGUGACCCGGAAGUGGUAUGCAGAGGCUAUGCCCUUUCCCCUCAACUUCUUCCUGCCUGGCCGCAUGCAGCGGCAGUACAUGGAACGGCUAGAGCUGCUGAGUGGGGAGCACAUGCCUGAGGACGAGGAAGAGCUGGAGAAGGAGCUGUACCGAGAGGCUCGGGAGUGUCUGACCCUGCUCUCUCAGCGUCUGGGCUCUCAAAAGUUCUUCUUUGGAGAUGCCCCUGCCUCCUUGGACGCCUUCGUCUUUAGCUACUUGGCCCUGCUGCUGCAGGCAAAGCUGCCCAGUGGGAAGCUGCAGGCCCACCUGCGGGGGCUGCACAACCUCUGUGCCUAUUGUACCCACAUCCUCAGUCUCUACUUCCCCUGGGAUGGAGCUGAGGUACCACCGCCACGCCAGACACCAGCAGGCCCAGAGACUGAGGAGGAGCCAUACCGGCGCCGGAACCAGAUCUUAUCUGUGCUGGCAGGACUGGCAGCCAUGGUGGGCUACGCCUUGCUCAGCGGCAUUGUCUCCAUCCAGCGGGCAACCCCUGCUCGGGCCCCAGGCACCCGGGCCCUGGGCAUGGCUGAGGAGGAUGAAGAGGAAUGAUUUGUCCUCACGCUCCCAGGACUGGUUUUUCUACUCUCGUGCAUUCCAGAGGCCCCCGUGCCUCCUCUUUGUUGGUACAGCCGGACACGGGGUGCUGCUCCCCAGAAUAAAGCCACUCACGCUGA